UCGGUACAAAUUCUAGAAAGCCAUCCCAGGCUGCCGUGCGCGCCAACAUGGAGGACCUGGCGGUGGAAGUGCGCGGCUCCAACGGGGCUUUCUACAAGGCAUUUGUUAAAGAUGUAUUUGAAGAUUCCCUUUCCAUUACCUUCGAGAAUAAUUGGCAACCGGCACGUCAGAUUCCUUUCUGUGAUGUGAGAUUACCACCCCCAUCUGAUGUCAAAAAGGACAUAAGUGAAGGGGAUGAGGUUGAGGUUUACUCGAGAGCAAAUGAACACGAACCCUGUGGCUGGUGGCUUGCCAAGGUUCGGAUGAUGAAAGGAGAUUUCUAUGUCAUUGAAUAUGCUGCCUGUGACGCUACGUACAAUGAAAUUGUUACUUUUGAGCGAUUACGUCCGAUGAAUCCGAAUAAGGCAAUUACAAAGAACACAUUCUUUAAAUGCACAGUUGAUGUUCCAGAUGAUUUAAAGGAAGCCUGUGCAAAUGAAAGCGCACAUAAAGAUUUUAAGAAGGCAACUGAGGCGGAUUGCGUUUUCUAUGAUGCUGACACUGGUCACUUAUUGGUUUUGUCUACCAAAGAGUCUACAGUGAAGAGAGUUAGCAUCCUUAGUGAUAUGCACUUGCGUAGCAUUCGUACAAAACUCAUGCUUGUGUCCAGAAAUGAAGAGGCAACUAAGCAUUUAGAGAGUACCAAACAGCUAGCAGCUGCAUUCCAAGAGGAAUUCACUGUCAGAGAGGAUCUAAUGGGACUAGCAAUUGGAACACAUGGUUCCAAUAUCCAGCAAGCAAGAAAGGUGUCUGGUGUUACAGCAAUUGAACUUGAUGAAGAAACUGGGACGUUCAGGAUUUAUGGAGAGACUGAAGAAGCAGUUCAGAAAGCUAGAAAUUAUCUUGAGUUUGUGGAAGAUUCUGUUCAGGUUCCCAGGGAAUUAGUAGGAAAAGUAAUUGGUAAAAAUGGUAAAGUUAUUCAGGAGAUAGUAGACAAAUCGGGAGUUGUUAGAGUGCGAAUUGAAGGCGAUAAUGACAGCAGGCAACCAAGAGAAGAGGGAAUGGUUCCAUUUACUUUUGUUGGAACGAAGGAAAGCAUUGGAAAUGUGCAGGUUCUUUUGGAGUAUCAUAUCUCUUACCUGAAGGAAGUAGAACAGCUGAGAAUGGACCGGUUGCAAAUCGAUGAGCAACUCCGGCAGAUUGGUAUGGGGUAUAGGCCAGUGGCAAGUCGACCAGAGAAAGAUAAGGGCUACAUCACUGAUGAGAGUACUGCUUCUUCACUGCGUGGUGGCAGAUCCUAUCGUGGCCGUGGUCGUCGAGGACCAAAUUACACAUCAGGUUAUGGUACAAACUCUGAAUUGUCAAAUGCUUCAGAGACUGAAUCUGAACGAAGAGAUGAACUAAGUGACUGGUCACAGGCUGCUGAAGAUGAUCGGGAGUCAAGACCACAUCGUGACAGUCGAAGGCGGCCUGGAACUGGGAGAGGUCGGAGUGGAGGGCAAUCCAGCAGAGGGCAUGGGGGAGCACGUGGUGGCAGCUCGUCAAUUAGUUCAGUGUUCAAGGAUCCAGAUAGCAAUCCUUACAGUUUGCUAGAUAUUGCUGAUAACACGGAAACAGACCAAACAGCAGACACUGAUGGUAGUGAAUCUCACAGCAGCUCAACCCGUCGCAGGAGAUCACGCAGACGAAGAACUGAUGACGAUGCUACUAUGAUUGAUGGAAUGACAGAAUCAGACAGUGCUUCAGUUAAUGAAAAUGGUGUAGAUGAUAAUGAGAGGAAACCACAGCGGCGUAAUCGCAGCCGCAGGCGUCGUUUACGUGGUGAUAUUGAAAGCUCUCUGAGCAGAGACAACCAGCCAGUAACUGUAGCUGAUUAUAUAUCUCGGGCAGAAUCUCAGAGUCGACAAAGAACCCAGCCGAAAGAGAACCUUGCAGCCAGCAAAAAAGCAAUUACCUUGGUACAAGAUGAUGUGAUUGAUGAAGUCUGUCCAGCUGUCAAGACCGUGAAUGGAACAAACAAUAUUUCUGAGGAAGCCUCUGCACAUGAGGAUUCUAAUGAAAGCCAACAAAGAGAUCACCAAGGAAAUGGAACUGAAGUUGUGAUGAAUGGUGUUUCUUAAAAUUUUUCCAUCAUUAUCCAUUUCUAUUAAGUUACAUUUUCUAUUAGUGCUUGUAAAAGCUUGCCAAAGAUAGAGGAAGGACUGCCAGACUUUACGGCGCACUUUUUUCUAGUUCCUCCGUACUGGAAUGGAGAUGGGGAGGUUUCUUGAAUAAAACACUUGUAUGCAUUUGUUUUUCACCUAGUUAAGUUCUCAAUACAUUAUCAGAUGUUGUGCCUUCAGACAGUAGAUGCAAAAUUAAGAGCUAGCUGGUUGUAGGAAUAUGUUUUAAAACGUGUAAAGAAAUUUCAGAUCAUUCUGGAGAUGGAGAUCACUGACAUUUACUGUAAUAUGUUAUGGAGUAAAGCAUUGGCUGCUUUUUGUCAAGUUCUCCAAUAUGCAACCACUUUUUCAUUGAAUAAGAUAGAAAAAUGCAAUUUCAAAAUUUUGCACUGAAUUGUAAAUUUAACAUUAGGGAUGCUAGGUGAUACUAGUCUGGGAACUAGUCAAUUUUACUAAAUCUCUAGGUUUUUUAAUGCUGUAUGUAGAGAAAAUUGCAGACCACUGGAGAAUACUUGUUUGCAUCUAUAUAUCUGCAGGGACAAUGGGAUGUUGUUGGCAGUGACUAUUUUACAAGGGGCUUGUUUGGUUUAUUUAUUAACUGUACAGUAUUUAAAAAUCAAGCAAUGCUUUAAAUAUUACACUAAACUGGUUGUAGAUGUCAUUGCCAAAAUAAUCCAACUACUGUAAGAUUAAGUUCCAGAGAAACAAUUUUCCAUGUAAACAACAUUAGUUAGAAUCCUUAGAGUUUUUUUGUUCGGUUGGUUGAUGUGCAAUAUGUUUUGUAUGCAGAUAGUUGAUGAAUAAAGUUUGAUCUUCCAUCUUCUGACAAAUAUGCAAACAAA